AUGAAUCGAUCGAAAAGUGUGGGCCGACGGGACGCGAAGCCACGUGGCAACAGCCGACCCGCAAAGGUUACGGUAGCAGUGCUCGGAGCGGAGCGCGUGAGUUUUCCUUUCUUUUUUUUUUUUUGGUCGCAAAUAGAAUGUAUUUGUGAGUACAAUUUCAGGUCGGCAAAUCCGCAAUGGUAUCGCAGUUUCUCUGGCACAAAUUCGUCGAGGACUACCGUCCGACAGUCGAGGAAUUCAAUUGGAUCGAGUACGAAAUCGAGGAGGGACGUGUUUUGAUGGUUCAGGUAGGCACUACAAAGUUUUGGUGUCGAUUUUUGAAAUCCGCGUAUAAUUUGCAGUGGUUUGACACCGACAUUGUGUAUUUUGUGUCAAACCACGCAGAAUUGCACGGAGAACACGAAUCCGAGUGAAAAAUUCAACAAAAAACCGCGUUUUUUCCAGAUAAUCGAUUCGAGUGGAUCACGCGACUUUAUAGGCAUGAAAAAUUUGUACAUUGCCACUGCUGACGCGUUUCUCGUAAGUUCUAAACAUGCAUUUUUCAAUCAAUAAACGAAGAAAAAGUUCAGGUGGUCUUCGCCGCGGACGACGCUUCUUCGCUGGAAGAGGCAAUCGCGACGGUCAACGAAAUUCAGGCGAGACGCGGAAAAAAUGUGAGUUUUUGCGUUUUUAAUGCAGCGCAUGAAAACCCGUGAAUUUUCAUCAAAUUUCCGCUCUAAAAUCAGCAGUUUCGCGUCAAAGCCGCAAAAUGCAUCAUACCUUACGACAAAAUGCAGAAAACAGCGAUUUUGAGACAGAACUACUGUUGAAAAAAAAAAGUUUCGAGGCCAUGCCAAAACAGCGGAAUUCACGAAAACCGCGGAUGCCAAAACCGCGGAAGCCAAAACCGCGGAAAAAAAUGCCAAAACCGCGGAACCGUGCAGGCGCAACACUUGACGCGCUUUUUUAAAUUUCGGCGUUUAUUGAAUAGAAGGAAUUGAAAAUUUAAUAGCAUCAAACAAAGUAAUGAAGUUUGGAAGUUCUGAAAAAAAAAUUGGAAAUGAGAGUUAUAUUUAAAAUUAUUUUGACAGAUAUCAUCAGCAUAUUUCUAUUGUCUGCAAUUCCACGGCGAAUGUGUGGUCCUGAAUAGAAAAAGUGGUCCUGAAUAGAAAAAGCUCGUGGUGCCUGCCGGGUUUUCACAUUUAGUUGGGACUUGCAGAAUAUAUUUUUUAAUAUUUUUUUUUUCACGGUCUCCAGAGGAGGCUACCCCGAGCCAGAACUGUCUCGAAUCAACACGACUUUUUGUAACAAAAACCACAUGCAGAUAGAUUCUGAUUUAGGACGGUUCCGAUUCAAACAGUUCUGGCUAGGGGUAGCCACCUCCAGAGCUGACAAUAUAGGCGUGGCUUCCGCCAAGUAUUUUGUUUUUUCGUCUUCCCCGCCUGAAAACCACACUCCUUAUAUUGCUCAUUCCUGACCGUUUUCACACAAAAUUGGUUUUGAGAAUGAUAAAUCGCAUAAAUACAAAGCAAACAUCUUGCGCGAUCGAACAGCAAAAAUUACAGAAAAAAACUGCAAGUAACGCAUUUUUGGGGGGAAACUUCAAACGGAUUAAUCUCAAUCGACCAAACGAGAAGGUGAUGACUUUUUUUUACCCAAAACUGCUUUUUUUCUUUACUGCUGCCUUUUUUUUAUACGUCAAAAUAAAUGUUUAAAGUUAUUUUCUGCAAAUUGUCAUGUUUGAUGCUAUUAAAUUUCAAUCCCUUCUAUUCAAUAAACGCCGAAAUCUGAAAAUGCGCGUCAAGUAUUGCGCCUGCACGGUUCCGCGGUUUUGGCAUUUUUUUCCGCGGUUUUGGCUUCCGCGGUUUUGGCAUCCGCGGUUUUCGUGAAUUCCGCUGUUUUGGCAUGGCCUCAAAGUUUCGACAUUGGAAUCGAAGCUGGCAGCGUGCCAAGGCCCGGCCUCCCAAACGCAUAUGCUGCGCGCCAUUGUUGCAACAUUGCCGCACGCUUUAUUGUUCUUCGUUUUUGUCUUUAUUUUUCGGCUAAAAAUCAGCAGAAAUUUGGUUUUUUCCCAUUUUUUACCCCUAUUUAUUCAUUUCAAUCGGCUUUUGCUAUAAAAAAUCAACUUUGAAAACAGAUUUAUCGAUUUUUAGCUUGAAUUUUCGAACAUUUCUUGAUUUUGUGUUUUUCUCCUUUCCAUUUCGGUGAAUUUGAGAAUUUUCAGGAUUUCCACCUACGGAAAAGUCGAACAAGCAACAAAAGGGCAUGGAUUUCUUAUUUUCGUGUUAGUUUUUGACGUAACAAUAAUUUUCUCUCCGAUCAACGUUUAUAGACUUCACUCCUCCGCCGUCUUCUCCACUCCGCCGUCAGCACACAACGGUAUACAAAAACUUGUCGUAUUAGUUUGAAGAGGAACGAAGAUAUUUUCUCUCCGACCGUUUUUCCAAAGUCCGUGGACGCUUCAAUCCAGAAAAAAGGAGAAGAAAAUUGAAUAUCACUGAUAAUAACAUUCUUACACUUGUCAUGUCAUUUAAUUUAUUGGAGAACGUUAUAAAUACAUCUAAAAUAAUUGUUAUUAGUGCCAAUCAUCCAACGGGAGAUGCUUCUUCAACUUUCCGUUGUGUGCUGACGGCGGAGUGGAGAAGACGGCGGAGGAGUGAAGUCUAUAAACGUUGAUCGGAGAGAAAAAUUAUUGUUACGUCAAAAAAACUAACACGAAAAAUAAGAAAUCCAUGCCCUUUUUGUUGCUUGUUCGACUUUUUCCGUAGGUGGAAAUCCUGAAAAAUUCUCAAAUUCACCGAAAUGGAAAAGGAGAAAAACACAAAAAUCAAGAAAUGUUCGAAAAAUUCAAGCUAAAAAAAUCGAUAAAUCUGUUUUCAAAGUUGAUUUUUUAUAGCAAAAGCCGAUUGAAAUGAAUAAAUAGGGGUAAAAAAUGGGAAAAAACCAAAUUUCUGCUGAUUUUUAGCCGAAAAAUAAAGACAAAAACGAAGAACAAUAAAGCGUGCGGCAAUGUUGCAACAAUGGCGCGCAGCAUAUGCGUUUGGGAGGCCGGGCCUUGGCACGCUGCCAGCUUCGAUUCCAAUGUCGAAACUUUUUUUUUUCAACAGUAGGCAUGAAAACCCUGAAAAAGGCUAAAAAAAUAGUUGCAGAUUCCGAUUCUCGUCGUCGGCAACAAGACCGACCAGCCGUGCCUCUCGUUUUGUGCCGCCAAAUCCGAAAUGGAGUGCUGCGCGAUGCGGGAAGACCAAGUGAGGGCCUGUUUUCACGAGAUCCUCCUGCGCACCCGGCCCAAUCUGAAUAUCGAGGGAUUCGAGCUCAGGAAAAGACGGUAGGCCCAUUUUUGAAAAUGUUUUUGGCUCGAAAUCGACCCCGAAUCAGUUAAAAAUUCAUUCUUCUAUUUUGAAUAUGAAUUUCAGCCAGUCGAUGCCAUCAAGUCGUGGCUACAGUGGAGUCGAGUCGAAGGACAUUGAACAAAUCAAGAACGCGCGUCGCCAACAAAAAGAUCAUUGUAUUAUUAGUUAGUUUGCUAUCCGAUAACCUUAGUGCUGGACAAGAGGCCGGCACGGGCCCUUGAACUGGACCUUUUAACCACUUGCAACAUUCCGAUCGUUCCCAAACUUUGCAGGCUUCUUGGAAAUGGAUAGAAGCAUACUGGGACCAAGUUUCAGCCCGAUCGGAUCCUCUGGUCCCGAGAUAUGUGGAUUAUUGGCCGAAAUUGGCCGGAAGCCCGGGCUUUUGACCAAUUAUCCACAUAUCUCGGGACUCCACGAUCUGAUCGGGCUGAAACCUGGUCCCAAUUGCCCUCAAUCCAAGUCCAACAAUCCUGUAAAGUUUGGCGCCGACCGGAAUAUUACAAGUGGUUCAAAAGUCCAGGUCAAGGGUCGGCCAACGAAAAGCCCUGACCGUCCAAUUGCCCAGCCCUGUAUAACCUAG